CCUCAGCCUUAUGUUGCUGCUGCUUCUGUUUUGGGAGAGAAGCUACUCUGUGCAGAGCUGUGGUCAAGCAGAGACUCCCUGAAAGGUCCUUGCUUCUAGACACUGCAAAGUAACCUGCAGUGUUUGGGGACCAUGGCUACGGACCCGCUGUCAGAGCUUCAGGAUGACCUGAACUUGGAUGAUACCAACCAGUCCCUCAGCCAGCUCAAACUGGCCUCCAUAGAUGAUAAGAACUGGCCAGCAGAUGAAGCCCCUGCUUUUCCCAAAUCAGAGGACUCCAAAGGCUCCCCUGAGCCUGUCACUCACCUCCAGUGGGACGACCCCUACUAUGAUAUUGCCAGGCACCACAUUGUGGAAGUAGCAGGUGACGACAAAUACGGAAGGAAAGUCAUUUUGUUCAGUGCCUGCCGGAUGCCCCCAAGUCAUCAACUCGAUCACGUCAAGCUCUUGGGGUACCUGAAAUUCACCCUGGACCAGUAUGUGGAGAGUGAUUACACACUGGUGUACCUGCACCAUGGGCUGACCAGUGAGAACAAGCCCUCCCUGGGCUGGCUGCGGGACGCCUACCGAGAGUUCGACCGCAAGUACAAGAAGAACAUCAAAGCCUUAUAUAUUGUGCACCCAACCAUGUUCAUCAAGACUCUCCUGAUUCUCUUCAAGCCUCUGAUCAGCUUCAAGUUCGGACGAAAGAUUUUCUAUGUGAACUUCCUGAGUGAGCUGGAGGAGUGUGUGAAGCUGGAACAGCUGGGCAUCCCCAGCCAAGUGCUCAAGUAUGAUGAAUAUCUGAGAUCCCUACAGAAACCUUCCCAGGUGCCUCAGAAGCCAACAGCCCCACAGCCACUGCUGCCCAACCAGCAGUUUGGAGUCUCACUCCAGCAUCUCAGGGAGAAGAGCCCUGACCAGUCUCCUCUCCCUGUGGUGGUCAGAGACACCAUUGCUCAUUUGCAGGAGCACGCUCUGUCUAGAGAGGGGAUUUUCCGCAGGUCAGCGAGUAAACAGGUUGUCAGUGAGGUCCAGCAGAAGUACAACAUGGGUGAGCCUGUGGAUUUCCAGCAGUAUGAUGACAUCCACCUUGCUGCUGUGAUUCUCAAGACCUUCUUGAGGGAGUUGCCUGAGCCCCUCCUCACUUUUGACCUCUACAACCACGUUGUCAACUUCCAGAGUGUGGAGGAGGGGAACCGUGUGGCUGCCGUGCGGGAGGCGCUGCAGACUCUGCCAGAAGAGAACUACCAAGUGCUGCGUUUCCUGACAUCCUUUCUGGUGCAGGUCUCUGCUAACAGUGACACAAACAAGAUGACAAACACCAACCUGGCAGUUGUUUUUGGCCCAAACCUGCUGUGGGCCAAAGAUGUAGCCAUCACCCUAAAAGUCAUCAAACCCAUCAAUGACUUUACCAAGUUCCUGCUGGAUCACCAAAAGGAGCUCUUUGAGGACGUGGAGGCCUGAGUCCAGGCCAGCCCACACCAGCACACUGUGCCCACCUUCCCACCUUCUUUCCCACCUCUUCUUUCCCACCUUGCCCUGGAGCUGUGACCAAGCUGUCUCCAGUGCAGAGGGACCAUUGAUGCUGUGGGUGAUGAGCAGAGUGAGGGCUGCAGGGAUGGUGGAGGAGGUGUGGAAGGAAGCGAGCGGGAGCCCCACUGCUCUGCAGGGAGAGGGGAGCUGGUCUCCCAGCCACUGAGAGUGGGGCCCUCACCUACCAGCCUCUGUGUGCAGCUCCUCCAGGGCUCAUCACCAGCCUGCUGCCCUAGCAGAUGACCUGCCUCCCUUUCCUCCUUCCCCCACCUGCAGGUUUUCAGCCCUCCUGGUCCCUUCCUCAGCAAAGAUGUGUUUCUCUGCCCAACCCCCGUGAGCCCCAGUGAGUCCCCUUGGGCUGGGCUGGGCUGGGGCAGGCUCAGAGAUGCUCUGAAGGGUCAUCCUGCCCUUCCCCAGAGGCACCUAAAGCAGAGAAGGGACCAGGCAGCCCUUGUGCACGUUCUGCACUUGCAGGCACCACUCCAGCCCCUGUGCUUUUGGCAGGGCAAGUGAAGGACAGGCUGGUGGCACGUGGGCUGUGUUACCUGUCAGACUGCAAUACAACACCACUGAAUCUAGCCCAAACCCCUCUGAGCUCACCCACACCAGGUUCUAUUCAACAUUUGCUGGGCUGGAGCAGAUGAGGUGCCUGUCACAGUUACCCAGCUUAGGCCUGGUUGUCCCUCCAGCUGCAUUUCCAGCCUGGCUGGGAAGGUUCCUGCCACAGCCUUGGCCAGACCCAUUUCCAGCCUGGCUGGGAAGGUUCCUGCCAGCCCCUCCUGAGGCAGGAGCAAGAAGUCCUGGUGGCCCUGAGCUGCUGACCACAGUGAGGAUCACUGCCUUGCCCUGUGGUCCUCCCUCAGCUGUGUGCCCCUGUGCUCACUGGCCCAGCCAGCCUUGGCAGCUGCCUUUUGAGCAGAACUUUCCCCAGCACAGUGUAACAGAGAGUGUGGCCUUGAGGGAAGGUCCAGGAGCUGGGGCCAACCCUCACCCUGGAGUGCACCAGGCCUGGCUUAUGGAUUUGUGCCCAGGUGCUGAGCACUUAAGUGCCAAAGCUGUGAGGGAACAGCAAUUCCAUCUCCUCAGUUCAUAUCUUCCUUCCAUCCCCCCUGCAAGCCUGGGCAGGGGCAUCCAGCCUGCCCUGGGCAGGGCUAGAGACGCCUUGUCCUCAGGGUGGGCUCAGAGCCCUGGGCCUGGCACCUUGCCCAGCAGCUGCCACUCUGUGGUGGCAUCAUCCCUGGGUUUGGGCUUCACUGGUCCUGGUAGCAAAGCUGAAGGAGAUGCAUCUCUUCUUGUUAGCUAAGCUGAAGGAGAUGCAUCUCUUCCUGGUAGCUGAGCUGAAGGAGAUGCCUCUCGUUAGCUGAGUUGAAGGAGAUGCAUCUCCUCCUGUUAGCUGAGCUGAAGGAGAUGCAUCUCUUGUUAGCUGAGCUGAAGGAGAUGCAUCUCCUCUUGUUAGCUGAGCUGAAGGAGAUGCAUCUCUUCUUGUUAGCUGAGCUGAAGGAGAUGCCUGUCUUCCUGGUAGCUAAUCUGAAGGAGAUGCCUCUCUUCUUGUUAGCUGAGCUGAAGGAGAUGCAUCUCUUCCUGGUAGCUGAGCUGAAGGAGAUGCCUCUCCUCAGGCUGGACCUGGCAGGGGUCCCCUACCAUUGCUUCCCCAAUGUGUUCCCACUGUGUGCCAGCCCUCCCCACUGUGCCUGGCCACAAGGACAAACCUUUUGGACCAAGCAGAAUGGGUUUUGGAAGAGCUACUGGAUGGUAACUAGAACUUGCCUUGUGGUGUUUCAGCCUGGCCAGUGGCCCAGCUGCAGGGCCAGACACCUGCUGCAGGAGCUGUGGGAAGGGCUGGAUUUGCUGAGGUGUGGAAGGGGGGUGGGUGUGAAGGGAGGCAGCUCUCACCCAGCACAGGGUGGGAACAGUGAGCAAGGACCAGCACAGCUGAGGCUGGAGGCAGGGAUGUUCAAGGAGAUCCCUCGCAGAUGCUGGAGGCUGGUCAGGCCCCAUGCUCUGGUUGGAGUUUGUUUUGUGGGUGCUGCUUUUUUUUAUGAUGAUGAUUUUUUUAGUGACUUCUUGAAAUGUUUCCCCCUCCCCCUUUUUUUUUAAAGCAAAAAGGAGACUGGUGCAUCCCCUGCAGGCAGGGAUAAAAGCCUGCUCCAGCUCAGUGCCUGCAGGGAGCAGAUUUGGAGGCUAUUCAGGAAGCUGCUUCUGCUCACAGUGGGAAAGUGGUUGCAAAUCCUGGAAGGGCCCCAGUGUAAAUAUCCCCUUCCCUCUGCUGCAGCCCUGGAGCAGGCACAGGAACUCUGCUCUCAAUGCCUUUGAGUGAAACAUCCCUCCCGUGACUCCAGCAAGGCCCUGGCCUGGCUCAGCCUCCAUCUGCUGAGCCCAGGAGCCAAGUCCCUGGUGGGCAGGUCAUUCCCCUGGCAGGCUGGGUGCUGCCUGGGAUGGGUUUCUCUGCCACACAGAGCUUUGGGGAGGGGAACAGCGAUGAUCCCAAGGUGGGUUUUGCUCAGUUUUCUCCUUGCUGUAGAGCUGCCCAAGGGUCUCUUCCCUGCCUCCUCUUCCAGGUUAGCUAUCAGCCAUUUCUCCUCAGAGGGUGCUUGUACCACUGCAGGCCUCUGCUUUUUAGCACCCAGAGCUGUUGCCCUCUGCCAAGCCUCCUGCUGUCUUAAGGACCAGACCUCUGGUCACUCCCUGGCUCCUUGUGCCCUGACACCAGAGCUCCUGGGUGGUGCAGGGGGUUGGGGCCAUCUGGAUGCCUUGUGGCAAUGUUUGUUCAUUAGAGAGGGAGUAAGGGGGCCCAGUUUGGGCCCAGCUUCCUCUUGUACAUGCACAGGGGCUCCUGUGCAUGAUGUUUGGCUUUGCUUUUGUUGCUGGUGUUGCCUUGCCUGCUUCUCUGUUGCUGUUGCUGAGGUGCAGGGCUGGGGGGGCUCCUGGGUCACGUUGUUUGUUACCUUCUGAGCUGCACCAAUCUUCUCUUUCACGGUUUGCACUUUUUUGUAUCUCAAUAAAAAUCCAAAUG